GUCCUGUCUCACAACCUGUACACGGUGCUGUGCAUCCCCCACGAUCCCGUGGCGCUGGAAGAGCAUUUCCGGGAUGACGACGACGGGCCGGUGUCCAGCCAGGGCUACAUGCCGUACCUCAACAAGUACAUCCUGGAUAAGGUGGAGGAAGGUGCUUUUGUCAAAGAAAACUUUGAUGAGCUGUGCUGGACCCUGACUGCCAAGAAGAAUUACAAGCCUGACCGGAACGGGAAUAGCGUCGUAUCCCACCAAGAUGCCUUCAAGCUCUGGUGUCUCUUCAACUUUCUGUCUGAAGACAAAUACCCUCUCGUCAUGGUACCCGACGAGGUGGAGUACCUGCUGAAGAAGAUCUGCGCGGCCAUGAACGUGGAGCUGAACUCCUGUGAGCGGGAGGACUACCUGUCCCAGGAGCCGCAGGGGCAGGGGGGGCUGACCGUCUGGCAGUUCCUGGACCUGGUGAACUCCGGACGGUUCCUGCGAGGCAUCGAGCAGGAGGCGGUCAGCAUGGCCGUGGAGGAGGUGUACCAGGAGGUCAUCGAGGAUGUGCUCAAACAGGGCUACCUCUGGAAGAAGGGCCAGCUGAGGAGGAACUGGUCGGAGCGGUGGUUCACGCUGAAGCCCAGCGUCCUGUCCUACUACAUGAGCGAGGAACGGAAGGAGAAGAAGGGGAGCAUCGCGCUGGACAAGCACUGCUGUGUGGAG